AUGACGAUAGUUUGUUUUGUUGUCGAUAAUAGUGCUUCAAUGAACCAAAGGACCUAUCAGGGUACGACCUUGUUAGAUUCGGCGAAAACAGUUGUUGAAACCCUAUUUAAAUUGGCGGGAUGGAGGCAAAGUUGUGAUUUAACAACUUUUCAUGCUGCUCUUAGCAGAAUUAACCCCAAUGGCACACUGAGUCUCGGUAAGGGUAUCGCAUAUGCGUUCAAGUUACUCAACCUCAAUCGCAUGCAGACCGGGUUUGAAACGUACGGUUUGGGUCUGUACAUAUCCUCUAUCGAGCCUGCUGUCGUUAUCGUUGUGACCCAUUAUUAUGCCUCAUUCGAGGUUGACAGUGGGAUUGCUUCAAAAGUUCCCGGUGGCGAUUUAACUGCCGGUCUCCACAGAUGGGACUAUUGGCUUCAUGGGAUUCUUUUGCAUAAUUCCGGCUUGGUUGAAACUUUAUGUGACACGCCUCGGCCCCAUCCGUUAGGUCCCUCUUCGUCUGCUUUUUUGGCUUGCACUCAAACCGGUGGGGAAGUGUUCGUUCUGUCAGAUCUUCGAUCGAUUCCUCAGUACGUUGAGGCCGUCAACUCCAAGUGUCGUCAAGGUGUUGUGGUCGAUCUCAUCGACAUAUCCGUACCAAAAGAACCAGUUGCGAUCAAACAGCUUAUUUUAUUGAGAGAAAAUGUCAAGCUCCCCUCUUUUUGGCCCAUCCCAGAGAGUUUCUUUCCUACCGAGGAGCUUUUGACGGCAAAAUUGCCUCGCCCACCAAAUCCUGUUAUUCACGCGUAUAUAUCGAGGGAAGCUCCUCCCAAAUUUUUGGACUGCUUUCCUGUUGAUAGGUACGAAUUGGAGUCCUCAAGGUUUACUCGAAAAGUUAUCGAUUGUCGUGAUACUACUGUGAUUUGGCCAUGUAUUGUGCCAAAAAGUGGUCAGCAUAACGAUGCUCCAUUUGGGUACUGCAAGCUCUCGCCAGACUUUCAGACAGUACACUUACAUGUUCUUCCUUACAACUACCGCGAGUUAUCGGAGCUUUUGUGUGAAUUGUAUGAUGUCAAUGGUUUACGCAUGACGGAAGCAUGGAUCUCCAAGUUAACGAACUAUCUUACAAGUAUACCCCGGUAUUACUACGUGCCCAUAUCCAAGGCGUUUGAGCGACUGGGCUUUCAGGGGGUCAUUAAGCCUGAGGUCUUAAGUCGGACGUUUUCAUUUCAAUUUAAAAAUGGCUUACAGAGAUACCAGCAUUCUGCACAAGUCGAGUAUGAAGGACUCAUACGUGAGGUAUCAGCAGCUGAAUCUAUUCCACUUGUCAGGGUGCCCAGGAUUUCGCUUCCGAUUUCGCUGGGUACAUUCUCGGAAUUGAGAGCGUUCGGCACUGUAGUUAAGCCUUCUGGGAGGCUGCUGUACGAAAAUCCAUGCAAUGUUUCACGACGGGAGCUGAGAAAAGUGUUGCCCAAGCUCAGGGGCAAUCUGGAUUCUAUACUUGACGGGGUGGGUCGCCCGAUGGACAGUGAGGGUAUCCAUAAUCAAGCUCUCAGCGAAAUGGGAGAUUACGUAAAUUACAGAUAUGCCCAACCGCAGGUUGCUCCAUUACGUGAAUUAAUGCCAAGUCCUGAACGUGUGGACACCUUUGGCAAUCCCUUUCGCCGCAAAUCUAAUGCUGGGUUUGUAGUUGACGAGGUGUCCGUCGAUGAUGUAGGAUUUUCUGGGCCUUCACCAUCUAGUUCAUCAUCUCUCACAAUGCGAAAACGUUCGUCCAUUAAAUCUAGUGAAAAAGCGAGAGGCCCCAUUCCUCCACACGUUAAGUUUUCCACCUUGCGAUUGUCAAAGGGCUGCUCCUCGCCUCCUCAACGUGAUGACCUUAUUUCACGUCUUUCCCCCAUUUUCAACGGUGAAGUGAAUCAUACGACGUCGUCAAACAAUGGCUCUUCACUAACAUGUGACAUGGAAGGAAAUGGACACGCUGGAAAACAUUCCUCUGAAGAUGAAUUGACAUUCAAUAUCAACAAAACUCUCGUUAACGAGCUAAUUGAGAUAGUGCGCAGUCCAAAGAUAGACGGGGGUCAAGUAUUUGACAUCCUCACGAGAUUUACUGGAAGUUUGCAGCAGAAGUACGAUUCAGUGUCGUUUGUAAUGGCGGAAGCAUUGCGUUUCAAGCGAAUAGAUCUGUACAAUUUGCUCAACGAAUGGCGUUCUUAUCUGGCACCACUCAAAGAACCUGCAUUCGGGUUCAUGGACCUUUUUGAUGCGUAUGCGAAGUUCCCCUCUACGGAGUGUCUUAGGGGCGCUGGAAUAGUUACAAUUAAGUCAGGUGAUGGUAUUCUCUACGUUCAUCAAGGCGAGAUGGUCACAGUCCGAUAUGGGACGGACGCUACCCCAACUGACACCGGCGGUCGGAUAGAUCCCUCUUUACCUCGUUAUGUGGGGACUUCGGAGAUGACUUCCUGCCAUGCCGUUCUCAUCACUUCUCCUACUGGCUAUGCAUUGGGACACCUUGAUGGAGGUGGCAGAGGGAGAUUAACUGAAGAAUUUUUUGGCACAGUGACUGAAUUUUUCGACUCCAUUUCAAGUUCGAAUGAAACUCUUGAUGUCCAUGUUAUCGGUGGUUUUUUGGAUAACAAGGGGUUUUCCAAGAAUCUGUCCUUGCAAAUACUUACAGAGCUGCUAGUCUCCAAGCGAAUGUUUAAGCUCCGAACAUUGUGCUCUUACCUACUAAACGACUGCAUCACCAUGAAAUCCGGUGAUCAACUGCAUGUGCCGGCCAUUCGUGCCGUCGUCUUUGACACGCAUGUUGGUGCUCUCUUCCCGGCAUCCAUUCAGCCUGAAGCAAGAGGCCCCUUGAGUGUUCUUCGUUCUUCCUAUGUAUAUUCCACCUCUGCCAGAAGCCGUAUGCAUAACAUCUUAGAUCCCAUCUCACAUUGUCUUAUUCUAAGACCCUUCGUGAUCGAAGAGGACACAAUGGAGGCGUUAAAGUGUGUGGAACAUUGUUCACAUGAACAAUUACAAAACUUUUCCACAACCCCUAAACAGGAAACUGAUCAUUUCUAUGAAAUGCUGAAGCGCACUAGCCUCCUACUCACUACUCUUAGGAAAGAAAAAAUUGACAUAUUCGCUGGAGGAAACUUGGAAUUUAUCUUUGACGAAAUUACGAAACAGUGGUGCCCCGUGAAUCCACGCGCUGAAGAGGCCACCGAGAAUCCACUCACUUGCUUCAAAUGA